AUGGAUCAUCAAAGCACCGAAUUAUUGUCGGUCGAUACCUCACCACGGCAACUCCAUGGCUGGAAGUGGGUCAUUAGCUACGGAUCUCUUUUGUCUGUGACCUUCCUCUUCGCUCUAGACAAUACAAUUGUCGCUGCCAUCCAAUCAUCAAUUUUAGCAAGUUUGGGUCGGGUCAAUCUCUUCUCCUGGAUCGGCGUCAGUUUCUCACUCGGCAGCACUGCCAUUCUGGCCUGGUCCAAGGCGUAUGGCGUCUUCAAUAUCAAAUGGCUCUUCCUUGCCCACAUUGUGAUGUUUGAAGUCGGAAGCGCGAUAUGCGGUGCUGCGCCAACCAUGCCUGCCCUGAUCAUCGGCCGAGUAGUCGCAGGGUUUGGGGGAUCUGGCAUGUAUUCCGGGUCCUUGACUUACAUUGCCGCCCUGACAUCGAUUCACGAGAGACCGCUGUAUACGGCUGGCAUUGCUGUGAUCUGGGGACUCGGGAGUGUCCUUGGCCCAGUGGUCGGAGCUGGGUUUGCCAGCAGCUCCGCCACAUGGAGAUGGGGCUUUUACAUCAAUAUCGUGGUGGGAGCUGUCUUUUCACCGGCGUACUUCUUCCUGCUGCCACAAGUCUGCCUUCGGACCGACAAGACUAUCUAUCAGAAGCUGCGUAUGGUUGACUGGGUCGGAAUUACCAUUUUUGCUGGCGGUGCGGUGAGUUUCAUCAUGGCCAUCACCUCGAAUGGGGGGACUUAUGCUUGGGGCUCUGGCUCGGCCAUCACUCUCUGGGUUGUAUCGGGCGUGUGUCUCGCUGCAACCGUUUUCUUGUCGUACUGGCAUCCUCUCGUUGCCGGUGAAGAUAGGCUUAUCCCGGUACAUUUCUUCCGGCGCCCGGUUCUGCUAAACUUGGCCGUUCAGAUGUUUCUGGUCUCGGGAGUGAUGCUCGGAUUUGUAUACUACAUCCCUGUGUUCUUUGCUUUUACUAGGGGAGAUGACGCGAUGCAAGCCGGUGUACGACUACUGCCCUUUGUCUGUCUGAUGGUCUUUUCCGCCAUUCUGAGCGGUGCUCUCAUGCCCAAGACCGGUCAUUACAUGCCGUGGUAUAUUGCAGGUAGCCUUCUUGUGACGCUGGGAAGUGGUUUGAUGCUCUCCAUCAACGCCGACACUGGACCAGCCAGGGUGUACGGCUAUACAGUGUUGGUUGGCGCUGGUGUAGGGUGUUACGUGGUUGCCGGAUUCGCCGUGACACAGGCGAUGGUGAAGGCAGAGGAUGUAUCCAAUGCAGUCGCAUUCCAAUCGAUUGCCCAGGUCCUCGGAUGCGUUGUUCUUCUCGCGGUAGCCGGAAGCAUCUACGAAAACACCUCUUUAGCUGACAUUACCCCUCUGCUUCCAGUCGGCACUCCUUCGACAUUCAUUACUGAGCUCAUAGCGGGUACAAGCAGCUCCACAUUCGCGAGUCUCCCGCCAGCAAUUGCCCGGGAAGUCAUUUUGGCUCUCACCAAGACCCUCCGAAAUGUCUGGAUUUUCUUCCUGUCAUCCGGCGCUCUGAGUCUCUGCCUCAGUCUAUUUCUCGACGUAAGUAUUCCCUCCGUGAAACCAGACAGCUGCUUAUUUGGCCUUCUGCAGCGCAAACGGUUGAAUAUAACGGCCGGAUAA